CCUCCAUCUUGCUUUUCCCAGUAGGUUGGGACACUUGGAAGUCUACCAUUGUACAACAUGCUGCGGUUAAGACUCCCACCUACCUUUUCGAUGGGAUGUCAUCUGUUAGCCAUUGUGGCUCUCUUAUUUUCCCACGUGGACCUUAUAAGUGCUGAGACAGAAAUGGAAGGAGAAGGCAAUGAAACUGGCGAGUGUACUGGCUCAUAUUACUGUAAGAAGGGGGUGAUUUUACCCAUUUGGGAGCCCCAAGACCCUUCCUUUGGAGACAAAAUUGCUAGAGCUACUGUGUAUUUUGUGGCCAUGGUCUACAUGUUUCUUGGAGUGUCUAUCAUUGCCGACCGGUUCAUGUCCUCUAUAGAGGUCAUCACAUCUCAAGAAAAAGAGAUAACCAUAAAGAAACCCAAUGGAGAGACCACCAAGACCACUGUGAGGAUCUGGAACGAGACGGUUUCCAACCUGACCUUGAUGGCCCUGGGAUCUUCUGCUCCAGAGAUUCUCCUUUCAGUAAUUGAAGUGUGUGGGCAUAACUUCACCGCCGGAGACCUGGGUCCUAGCACCAUCGUGGGAAGCGCGGCAUUCAACAUGUUCAUCAUUAUCGCACUUUGUGUUUACGUGGUCCCAGACGGAGAGACGAGGAAGAUUAAGCAUUUGCGUGUGUUCUUCGUGACAGCGGCCUGGAGCAUCUUUGCCUAUACUUGGCUUUACAUUAUUUUGUCCGUCAUCUCUCCUGGGGUCGUGGAGGUCUGGGAAGGUUUGCUUACCUUCUUCUUCUUUCCCAUCUGUGUCGUGUUCGCUUGGGUAGCAGAUAGGAGGCUUCUGUUUUACAAGUAUGUCUACAAGAGGUAUCGGGCUGGCAAGCAGAGGGGAAUGAUUAUCGAGCAUGAAGGAGAUAGGCCAUCUUCCAAGACUGAGAUUGAAAUGGAUGGGAAAGUGAUCAAUUCCCAUGUUGACAAUUUCUUAGAUGGCGCCCUGGUUCUGGAGGUUGAUGAGAGGGACCAAGAUGAUGAAGAGGCUAGGCGAGAAAUGGCUAGGAUCCUGAAGGAGCUCAAGCAGAAGCAUCCAGAGAAAGAAAUUGAGCAGUUAAUAGAAUUAGCUAACUACCAAGUGCUCAGCCAGCAGCAAAAAAGUCGAGCAUUUUACCGCAUCCAAGCUACUCGCCUGAUGACUGGAGCUGGCAACAUUUUAAAGAGGCACGCGGCCGACCAGGCGAGGAAGGCUGUCAGCAUGCAUGAGGUCAAUACCGAAGUAGCUGAAAAUGACCCUGUGAGUAAGAUCUUCUUUGAGCAAGGGACCUAUCAGUGUCUGGAAAACUGUGGUACCGUCGCCCUGACCAUUAUCCGCAGAGGCGGUGAUUUGACUAACACUGUGUUUGUUGACUUCAGAACAGAGGACGGCACGGCCAAUGCUGGGUCUGAUUAUGAAUUUACUGAAGGAACUGUGGUCUUCAAGCCUGGUGAGACCCAGAAGGAAAUCAGAGUUGGCAUCAUCGAUGACGAUAUCUUUGAGGAGGAUGAGAAUUUCCUGGUGCAUUUGAGCAAUGUUAAAGUAUCUUCUGAGGCCUCAGAAGAUGGCAUCCUGGAAGCCAAUCAUGUUUCUGCACUCGCUUGCCUCGGCUCUCCUGCCACCGCCACCGUGACCAUUUUUGAUGAUGACCACGCGGGCAUCUUCACCUUUGAGGAGCCUGUGACUCACGUGAGCGAGAGCAUUGGCAUUAUGGAGGUGAAGGUAUUGAGAACAUCUGGAGCUCGAGGAAAUGUUAUCGUUCCCUAUAAAACCGUCGAAGGGACUGCCAGAGGCGGAGGGGAGGACUUCGAGGACACUUGCGGAGAGCUCGAAUUCCAGAACGAUGAAAUUGUGUAAGUUCUUUUUUUAUACAUAUCUGUGGGGUUGAGUGCAUACGACAUUUUCUUAAACUAAAUGGCACACAAGGAAUGAAAUAUUUACUCUACAAGACCACUUUAAAAUUAUCAGUGCUCCCUGCUGUGCCACUUGUCAAUAUGCUUUAUACAGAGAUCUUAAUUUGGUUUUAUUUUUUAUUCCAUACUUCUGCGUAUUUUAAGUACAUUGUAGCAGUUAUGACAGAAUGAGUUUUGUGACACAAUUUAUCAAACUGCUUAUGAUGGGUUGGAAAAUUCAUAUUCUAUUUUGAAUCACAUAAUAUACACACAGAAAGGGAAUAUUUAUUUAUUUAUUUAUUUAUUGAAAGCGAAUAUUUAGAACAUCACAUUAGGUCCCUAACUUCGUUACUGAGUACGAAUUGGGAAAGCUCAAAAAGGAAACACCUUUGAAAAGAAUUUCCUGGCUACCAAGGCUGGCUGGAACAUUUUUUGCUGCUUUUAUCUGAUGCUGUGUUUUUGUGGCAAUAUAAGAUAAUGUUUCUGCUUACAUGCUAAUGCUUAAUUAUGACUUAAUGACUAGUCCUGCUUUUUUUAGUCUUAUGGCAAUGUGGGAAAAGUCCUAUACCUCUUAUGGAGUUCUAGUCUGAUUUUAUUUUCCGUGAUUAAGUAAACCCUUUUACCCUACUGAUACAGUGAUGGGGAGAGAAUAAGAUUCUGUUCAAGCAUCCUCGUUGACAGGGAACAGGCCAGAGAAAAGAAUUGGGAACAAUUUACUCUUCCUGUUGGCACUUCACGGUGAUACUUGCCAAUGUUGUAACACCAAGUGCCUGGUCGUGCAAUGAUUCUGUCAUUGGCAGCUGCUAUUUGUUUAUUCCUUCCAUGCUUAGGAGGGGGCAUUACACUCACCAAAUGCAAACCAGAAGGUUGAUUCAAUGAGCAGUGUCCAAACUGGAAAGAAGGAAGGAGGGAAGGAGGGAAG